AUGAUAGCUCUUUCCUUCAGCAUUCGUUGUAUAUCCUCUGCUGUUACAGAUUCAAAAUACUCGUCGGCAAUCGAUGACGGUAUUUCGGAUACUGUGGCCUUUUCUUCCUCAAUCUUCGGGUUUCCUGUUUUUGAAGGUUCACUCGACCCUUCACUAGACUGAAUACUGGGUGAUUUUUCCGCAGUCUCGAUAGGGGUGCUGGUAAUGAAGCCUGGUGACGUGCUUGAUCCUAGUAUGGAUGAUAGACCAUAGGAGCCUGCACCCCAGAGACGAGGACGAUUCUCAUAAGACUCAUCUACUGUAGUGUUAUCCUUCCCGGUAUGAAUAGCAAUUGUCCUCGAGAUUUGUUUGUCAAGAUGCGCUGACGACGAGCCCAUUAUGGCUGCGAUAACGGCGAUGGCAUUCGGUUCCAAUGGGAUGAUGGAGUUCUCUUGGGGUUUCUGUCGUGCUUCCUGUGCUUCCUCAGGCGACGGAGGUUUCGAUUUCAUUGUUGGCUUCGUCUCUUCACGGGAAUCCUCCGAGGACUUCACAGGAGUGGUAUUAGCAAUCUGUGUAGAAUUCGGCUGGUCCCUUGGAAUGUUUGGAAACUCUUCAAGCCAUGCCACAGGAAUAGCGUCGUUUCGCGGCCCGGGUUGUUCAGAGUUAGCCGGUUGACGGUGUCGCCGACGAUUUCGAUCGCCUUGAAGGCGUUUAUAGGUGAAACCGACCAUCAUCAAAAUCGACACUAAUGCCAUCACUACACCGAAUGCACAAACCAGAAGAACGGAAAAAUCUGAAGUACGUUCACAAUACAUAGUGAAUGGCAACUGGGCUUCUUGAUACCCACGUGGAUCCUUAACAUGGCGGGGAAUAAGUGACCUCUCGGGUUCCACAGUGGCUGAUUGAGCGAGCAUGAACUGCUGAGGGCUGGUCGUGUGGGCGACAGCGGAUAGAUUUGCGCGUUCAAGUUCCAUACCGCUACGAAGAGCGUAUCCUAGAUCGACGUCACUCCUUGAACUUGCCCCAUAAACCGUCAGCUGAUCGCACACGAACUUGUUGUCUUUCACAGCCUUUAGUCUAACGGUAAUGCGAACGUUUACAAGUCUUUCCCAUUCUCCUGGACCAAAGUCAGGUGGAGCCGAAAUCUUCGGUUCGACUGGGAAUGCUUGCGCUGAAAUCAGUAGACUCGAGGUGUUUUCGAAUCCGAAAUCGGACCAAACAGACAUCAAGCUUUCGGACUGUGGAAAUUAA